AUGUCUUUUUCAGUUGCCAAUGAGAUUCCAUUUGAGUGUCAAGUUGGAAAUUAUCAAACAUUACAAGGAGAUCAUAGAUUAUUUACUUCAAGAAACUCUCCGUUUGAUGACUCGCAAUUAGCAACUGGCUGGUACAGGUUUAAAGAUGGUCAACAAAUGAAAGAAGACCAAAAUAUCCCUAAAGAACUUGGUCUCUCGAUUCAAUUGUCCCAGUGUGGAUCAACAUACUUUCGAGAUUUUAAUUUCCAAAUGACAUCAUUGACGUAUACGUUAAAACAACCCCAUCCGAAACAAGAAGACGGGCUGGUUAAGAGAGACAUGAGUGUAUGCCAAUAUGCCGGAAGAUCAACUACACAACUCUUAAGGAGAAUAUGCGAAGAUUCAGCAACAUAUGUUCGGAACUGUGGAGAUUUUCAUGUUUACUAUCUCUCACCAGCACGCAAAGAGAUAAACAGUUUGUUAAGACCGCGUAAAAGUGGUACAUAUUGUGCAGAAAACAUGAUGACAAAACCUGAAGAAAUGCCAAGAAUGGAAUGUAGCCGAUAUGUGAAUGUUACAGACAAUGGUAGGUAUUGGGAUAGUUAUGGACCAUUGUCGUCUCAAUGCGGUGACGUCAACCACACUACACAGUGGAGUAGAUUCAUCACGGAUAGCAUUACUGAUGCAAUGAUUCCUGAAGGUUGCCCAUCAAUGUCAUCAAGCAAGAAUAUCUCUCUGAAAAAUGUUCCAUGUGGUGCUGUAUAUAGAGGAUGGGUUAAUGGUCAACAUCCAGCUGCAGGAGAAGGCGUUAAGAAACUCAGUAUGUGCUUCUCUGAAUCUUCCACAUGCAAAUGUCAAGCAACGACAGACAUCAGUGUUAUUAAUUGUGGAGAUUUUUACGUUUACAAAAGAGGUGAACUUCCCCUAUGUAGGGCGAAAGCUUGUACUGUUCCGAAACCAAAAGUACUGACACCACCAGCUACUACAGCAAACCCAAAAGAAGGGCACAUGAAACAGUUAAAUUUAUGCGCUAAAUACUCAACAAUAAUUGAUGAUACCAGGUCAGUAACAGAUAUGAACCCUGCAUUUAAGCAGUGCGACCUCAAAUUUACAACACCUGUUAGAUUUGUUUCAACAAAAGGAGAAUACUUGAAGCUAAAUGAAGAUUGCAGCUCUAACAACAUAACAUUUCCUAUUGGUCGAUGCAAUUCUGAUAUUGUUACAUGGUUAAAUACCCCACACCCAAAAGUUGAAGAUGGUGUUAUCGCUGGUACCGUUUGUUCGAAUUUACUCGCUUACCCACAUCCAUCAGCGUUUGUAGGUUUUACACCUUGCCAGUGCAAUCAAGUAAAACACAUUUUGAUUCAAAACUGUUCAACGUUUUAUGUGUACAUGCUGGAGCCAUACAGUAGGUGUUCGUCGCGGUAUUGUCUGCAAGAAACAGGAAAAUUUAACACCAGCAGUAACACAGACUCAAAUAUUACAGAAAAUAAAAUUUCGUUUUGUUUAGAAACUUGCAUACCUGUUCCGACAAAGCAAACAACUACCACCACAACCCCACCUUCGUCGUCUACAACCACAACAACUCAACAACCAUCCACUAGUACAACUACAACUACAACCACAACAACUCAACCACCAACAACCACAACCUCGACAACCACUACGACUCAACCACCAACAACCACAACCACGGCAACCACUACGCAACCAUCACCAACAACCACAACCACUACGCAACCGCCACCAACAACCACAACCUCGACAACCACCACGCAACCGCCACCAACAACCACAACCUCGACAACCACUACGCAACCGCCACCAACAACCACAACCUCGACAACCACUACGCAACCGCCACCAACUACCACAACCUCCACAACCACCACGCAACCGCCGCCACCAACCACAACCUCGACAACCACUACGCAACCGCCGCCACCAACCACAACCACUACGCAACCGCCGCCACCAACCACAACCACUACGCAGGCGCCACCGACAACAGAAGCAGAAAGCGACUGUGACAGCAAUUUUUGUGCCAGUUCCACAAAUCCUCAAACGUACAACUAUCAUCCUACAAAUAACAAAAAGUUUUAUGUUUGUGUUGGAGCUAGGACCUUCUGUCGUGACUGUCCUGCAGGUACAGUUUGGAAGGGUGCAUUCUGUGGAUUCGCAUAAAGAAAAUAUCGCGUUCGAUUACAAUAUAUAAAGCAGGAAACAGCAAAGUUCUUUCUUUAUAAAUCUCAUCUUUUGUUUGUAAUUAUUCAUUAAUUUGAAAGAAUAAA